GCCCAUAGGAAUUCCAGGGAAUAGCCCCUGGUUUUUGUUUUUCCGCUGUAUGAAACUCAUUUAUACUCAGUCAAGAAGAGACAAUUUAUCCUUCGAGCAUCUUCGAAUUGUACCCUUAAAAAUUGCACAUAGUAAAUAUCAACAAGUUCUAAGCAUAUCCUUUUCCCUGUUUUGGUUGAUACUUGUUUUUUCGUAAUUGCCCAUUUUUAGUUAAAGAGAAGGUGAUUCAAUUUGAAGUUGUUAAUACUAGGGAUGAGGGUUGAGAAAAAUAUGAUUGAACGAAGAGGCAAGGAGUAUAGCGAUUCGAAGAAGAACCGGAGAAGACAGAGGAUGGUUCAAAGACUUUAUGAGACUUGCAAAGAAGCGUUUGCCAAUUGUGGUCCUGGAGUUGUACCAUCCGCUGAAAAGAUCGAACUUCUCAAGACAGUUUUGGAUGCCAUGGCUGAAGCAGACGUUGGCUUGAGACCGAACAUGCCAUAUUUUAAGUCAAAAAGAUAUGACAGACCUCCUAAAAUAACAUACCUGCACCUCCAUGAGUGUGAUAAAUUCUCGAUUGGUAUCUUCUGUUUGCCCCCAUCAGCUGUCAUUCCACUUCAUAAUCACCCUGGAAUGACCGUUUUUAGUAAGCUUCUUUUUGGAGAAAUGCACAUAAAGUCGUAUGACUGGGUGGACAACCUCCCUGCUGAACCAAAUCCAAUUGCUAGGCCUUUAGAUGAUGGGCUUGGGGAUUCUACUGGAAUUCGUCUAGCAAAAGUGAAGAUGAAUUCAGUGUUUAGAGCUCCUUGCAAUACCUCCAUCCUAUAUCCAGCUGAUGGUGGUAAUAUGCAUUGUUUCACAGCAAAAACAGCUUGCGCCGUGCUAGAUGUGCUUGGCCCUCCAUAUUGUGAUCCUGAAGGUCGCCACUGUCAAUACUACUAUGACUUCCCGUUUGCCAAUAUCUCCGUGCCUGAGGAACAGAAGGGUGGCUAUGCAUGGCUGAAAGAGAGGGAGAAACCUGAAGACUUAACUGUAGUUGGAGCAUUGUACCAGGGACCAAAAAUGGUCAAGUGAAUUAUCCCCCACCAAGAGAAUUUCUGUGGAUGAUGACGAAAGUAGGCAAUGAAGCAGAACUAAAAAAAGAAACUCUUUUUUUCCUUUCUUAUCCUUCUUUCUCUUUGUUUUCCUCCUUAUUUUUUCUUUGUUUUCCCUUCUUGCGGUUUGCUAAUGUACAUAUUCAGACCGGAGGAAACAAACGAAGGUCAUGGCGAAAAUUUGAUGCAGUAGUGGUUUUUUUCUUAAAAACAGUUAAUAUUUCUGACAUAUGGUUAUGUUUUAGCAUUUGUAUACCCGGUAAAAUGUGCUUGCAGAUAAGUAGUUCAGGUUUCCUA